AUGGUUCUUUAUGAAGGUGCCACAAAAUACACUGAUAAAGAUAAUGGAGGGAUGCUUGUAUGGUCUCCAUAUCAUAAUAUUCCAGAUGCCAAGUUGGAUGAAUAUAUAGCAAUAGCAAAAGAAAAACAUGGAUACAAUGUGGAACAGGCUCUCGGCAUGUUGUUCUGGCAUAAACACAAUAUUGAGAAGUCCCUUGCGGAUCUCCCAAACUUCACUCCUUUCCCUGAUGAAUGGACAGUUGAAGAUAAAGUCCUAUUUGAACAAGCCUUUAGCUUUCAUGGAAAGAGCUUUCACAGGAUCCAGCAAAUGCUUCCAGACAAGACUAUUGCAAGCCUUGUAAAAUAUUACUAUUCUUGGAAAAAAACUCGCUCUAGGACAAGCUUGAUGGAUCGGCAGGCUCGAAAACUAGCUAAUAGAAAUAAUCAAGGUGACAG